AUGAAGUAAGUUGUGCAUGAAUUGACAGGCAAGAACUUGUUCAGCAUUCUAUUGUUUUUACAACGAAUUAUUGCCGAUAUGUUGAUAGGUCAAUGUGUUUUUUACGCAAUAUACCGCCAUAUAUACGGCCGGUGUUAUAAGAGUAUCAAUUUUGCUCGAACAAAACAAAGACUUCCUAACAUGUUAAACAGCAACUAUGAACCCAUCCCAGAAGCUUCGUGACAAAGCAAAAAAAAAGAAGUAAAUAUUAAAAAUUUGUGCCAGACGCCACCAGAAGAUUCUUGUCUUGUGACUGUCAUAUGAUGCGAAAUUCCCUGUGUCUACAUCGCCUGAUUUUUUUAACCAAUCAGCACGGGGCUUACUCAAUAUGGACCAAUCGGAGGUGACGUUGUAAAGGUCGAUUCUUCUCGCAUUUCGCCCUUGUCGACGACCUUUUCAAAACUUGUAUUUUAAAGUGAGUGUAUUAUUUCGCAACUUGGCGAUUUUAAAAGCUUUUCUCGCUGAACGUGGGUGUAAUUUAACAGUGGGAAGACCUGAAAAGCCUUGUUCCAAAGUUUAAAGCUUUGGUGGUGUUUCAAACGACGAAUUCGCGAUGAAAAUAUAUCUUGUUUUGUUUGUUGUUUUUCAUAGCCUCCGCAUUGCCAACUCGGGUACGUACAUUUUGAGGUUGCAAAAGACAUUUUCAUUCAAAUGAAAAUUUUGGAUAAAAAUUUUUAUUUUAUUUUUUUUUAAACAGGCUGACAAUUACACUCGUAAAGAUGGUUACUGUAUGUGGUAUGGGCAAUGCGGAAUGAAUCCUUCGACUAACAAGCCUAUAAACUGCCUUUACAACGGACCGGCGAAGCCAGUCGAUGGCCCAAAAUCUCGUGAAAUCUUAUUCGAGUUAUGCCCAGAAUUUGCACACAACGAUAGCAAAGUCUGCUGUUCGCACAGCCAACUCGUCAGCCUACAGUCUGGCAUACAAAGCGCCCAACAAAUGAUGGCUCGUUGUCCGGGUUGCUGGAAGAAUUUUCGCGAGCUAUAUUGUCGUAUGACAUGCAGUCCUAACAAUUCAAUGUUUAUAAACGCCAAAGAACUGAGCGCUAAUAAGACAGCUAUAACCGCAAUAGACUAUUAUGUCGAUAAGGCGUUUAGAGAUGGAUUGUACAACUCCUGUAAAAAUGUCGUGUUUCCAAGUUCUGGUCAGAAAAUCAUGAGUUUCAUGUGUGGUACUUCUGCUGACAAGUGCACCCCCUUGAAAUUCUUAAAUUUUAUGGGCAAUCCUGUACGCAAUGGGGAGUCACCCUUUUCGAUCGACUACCCAACGACACACGAUGACAGUAUCGACCCAAUGUAUGUUAAGAUAAAGUUAUGUAACGAGACUGUGUUUCGACCAGUUACCAACAAAACAAGUAAGCCGUGCAGUUGUCAGGAUUGUAUCGAAUCAUGUCCACCUUUGCCACACUACACACCUACCAAGCAUUGGGAAUUGGACAUCGGAGACAUUCACUUCAACAUAAUCAGCUUUGCGACCUUGCUGGUGUAUUUGGCAUUUCUCGUACUUUUCAUCGCCGGUAGCAUCUUGUACUAUAAGUUCUCUAGCAAGCCUAGCUACCAAACCCACCAGUACCCACAAGCCGUCAUCGGAAGUCGUCAACGUUCGUUAGGCGUGCUGGCGAGGCUCGGCAAUAGCAUGGAUAGGACAAUUAAAAACAUUUUCACAAGAUGGGGUAACAUAUGCUGCGACUAUUCAAUAGUCGUUAUUAUCGGCGCUGUAGUCUUCAUUAUAAUUUGUUCCGUUGGUCUACUGAAGUUCACGGUUGUGACGGAUCCUGUCAAGCUGUGGUCGUCCCCAGGUAGUCAAGCAAGGAGAGAAAAAGAUACAUUUGAUAAUAAAUUUUCACCAUUUUACCGUACAGCUCAAAUAAUUUUCUCUGUCAAGCCGGGGAGCAAAUGGAACAGUAAAAGUUGCAGUUAUAAGCCUUACUUUGCCAAACAUUGUAAACUAACUGGCAAGAUAUUACAUUUUGAAGUGCUUCAAAAGGUAUGCUAUUAAUAUAGUUACAGCCGGUCACAGACGAGCAAGUUUUCUAUGACAAGUUUUUAUGUGACAAGUUGUAUUUGCCAGGUGCAUGUGUGUUUAUGCAACAAAUUUUAUACAGUAUGACAAGUUUUCAUAUGACAAGUUUCGUGUCAGAAAAAGGUGUUUAUCGCGCCGCCGUGACAGAAAAAUUAUAAUAGUCCGAUGGCCAAACACAUCAAAUGCUCAGAGUUUGCUUUGUUGACCCAUACAGACAAACAAAAUUUGUACUUAGACAAUUUUUCUAUGACAAGUGCACUUGUUCAAAAGCUAGCAAAAACUUGUCAAAGUUGCGCAUACAGACGAGUAAAUAAAACAUGUAUCGCAUAAAAACUUGUCAUAGAAAACUUACAAAUAUAUAAGGAGAUUUCCUAAUUUCCUCGAGCAUUGAUAUAAACUGUAUAUAUCAAUAUGGAGAAAAUGUUAUAGCCAACUAUGUUAAUCAAAGCACAUUAUUAAUACUGUACUUGUUUAUUUUCCUGUUUAUGACUGACUUGUUUAUGUCUGACUUGUUUAUUACUAGUACAAAAGAUUGUCCAUGUAUACCCCGUCCCCCCCUGUAUAUAAGCUCCCCAUUGAAUAAGCCCAUCAAAAAUCGCUUACGAAAGUAUAUAAGCCCAGGGCUUAUAGUCACGGUUAACAAUUAUACCAUGAGCUCGAGUCGUAUAUGAGCUGAUAGCCGACGAGGUGCGUAGCACCGAGUCUGCUAUCAGCCAUAUACGACGAGAGCGAAUGGUAUAAUUGUUUUAUAAUAUAGUCCAAUAGCCAUUAAAUGAAGCAAUAAUUAAUUAUCCUCUGUUACAAUGUCUUGACAAUUUGUUCGGCCAAAAACUGAUUGGCCUUGAAAAUUUGAAAUACUUUUGUUUUACAACUCAAAGUGAAAGAAAUGGUUUUAGAACCGGUAUAUCUCACAGAAAAGCUCAGAUAUAUUGUCCUGCUUCGCAAAACUCAUGUAGUUUUUCGAUCGCCAUCUUGUUUUUCGCUACUCGCCAUAUAUGAGCUGAUAUACGGCGAGUAAUUCAACCAAUCAGAUUGCAGAACAGCUCAUAUAUGGUGAAUGACUAUAUUAUAAUUUACGAUAAUUUGCGUACUUGCAUACCAGAGGUACGCCAAUAUUCCUGUCUGGUACUUCUAGUCCAGUCAAAUCACUAUAAGUACACGGUCCUGAUCAAAGUAAUUGCAAUAGAUUUGUUUUCAGUGGUAAAGUGUGAGAAAAGUUGUUCUGAUUAACAUACUAAAUAUCCCAAAAAAUCCCUUUGGUGGAACAUGGUGAAAAUCCAGUUUUUCUUACUUCUACCUAUAGAAAACCAUUGUGGACAGAAUGUUGAAAUUUUGAAAUUAUUUUUAGGCAAAAUAUUAAUGUAACCUACAUUAUUGGAAUGCUUAGGUGCACUAAAAUAUAAACUAAAAUAUAAAUCAUUAAACGGUUAUCUUGCUUUUGCCUAUCCAGCCAAAGUUAUACCAGAUUUAAAAUGCCAUAAAUUUGUAUUUUGUGCAAAUUUUGCACUAUUUUUCCAACUUUGAGCUAGAAUAACGACAAACUGACCAGUAAAUUGAAUAUAACUGUUUAAUGAUCUAUAUUUUAGUUUUUUCUAAGCUUUCCAAUAAUGUAGGUUACAUUUGCCUAAAAGUGAUUUCAAAAUUUGAACAUUCUGUCCACAAUGGUUUUCUAUAGGUACAGUAGAAGUAAGAAAAACUCUAUUUUCACCAUGUUCUACUGAAGGGAUUUAUUUUUAUUUUUAGUAUGUUAAUCAGGACACCUUCCCUCACAUUUUACCAGUGAAAAAAAUUCUAUUGCAAUUUCUUUGACCUCUGGUCGCAGAUUGACUGGACUAUUCUUUGUUUUCAGUCACAUAAAAAUUUCUGAUUAUCGGCUUCAAUCGAUUAAUUUCCGAUUAUCUGCUCAUCAUGACAUGUAACAUGUUUUGGUUGGUCUGUAUGGAGUGAAAUAUCUCUAUGAAAUAUUUUCUUUUCCUCUACUGUAGGUUUUAAAAGUGCAAACACAUUUGAUUCAUAUGACGGCAGAUUAUGGUUCAGAGAAGAUCACCCUUCAAGAUAUCUGUAAGAAACCCAUGGCACCAUACAACAAUAACUGCACUGUCAUGAGUGCUCUUCAGUACUGGCAAAAUGAUGCGAAGAAAUUAAACAAAUGUAUUACGGCAUUUGGGAAACCUUGUAAUUCACCAACGUACAAAUUCCCAAGUGCAGCGUGGGGAGACCAUCUUUAUGCAUGUGCUGAGUAUGUAAAAUAUGUUUGAGUAUACACUUUCUGAAACUACUGUAGACGUCUCUUUGGCUAUAGGCCCAUUGCACUGACGUCACAAAUUCUUAGAGUGUCCUCCAGAUGCUCCCUAACAAUAUCUGUUCGGGUAUAACAACCACAUGUACAGUGGCACAGAAAUGAACCAUUUUAAUACAAAAUAAUUAUAAAGUUUUGCAGAAGUUGCUUUGUUUAUAAAAUUAGUUUACAAAUUUGGAUUACAAACCCUAAUGUUAAUUCCACCAAGUGAAGUGCAAGAAUCCAUAUCAUCGAAGUUUGUUUACAAAGUUAUAUUAUGCAUGGAUUGCUAAUUUGUCCACCAGGUGCAUCGGCACCGGGGCUGUGGCGUCAUGUGCAAUGCGGUCUAUAGAGCCAUUUUAUACAUUUUGUGUGUAUGUUGUCUGUCAAUCACGUAAAGGUGACGUUGUUGAUGUCGAAUCUUUUUAUGAUAAUUUACAACGUCACAUGUUACUGCAACCAAAGUUUGUAAAAUGGGUCACAUUUCCACUUACAGUCAAACCAGAUGUUCUCUUGCAAGCAACAUUGCAAUAUUGUCCCACAAUAUUGCAGUUUUGAUAGGCAGAUUGCUCUGAGCAAUUUGCAACCAAUGCGAACAAAUUGCAAGUUUUGAAAUUCACAAAAGAUUUGUAAACAAAGCCUCUGAUUGGACUAUAAGAAAGAGGAAAGCACCAGGCCUUGAAUUUCCCUGAAAUCAAUUGACAGCAAUGGCGUUAAAAAUUGCCGUAGAACGUAACAGCUGUCUACGGCAAUUUUGGCGGUUUCCACAGCAUUUUUCAAAUUACUGUAAUAAAACUUUAAUUUUAUUGUUAUGUUGGAUUUUUGACAAGCUAGAAACAUGUCUACGUAUUUCUUUAGUGGUUUUUCUUCAAAGAAAACUGAGACUAAAAUUGUGAUUUACGCAUUGCCGUCAUUACCGUAAUGAUUCACUGCAUUUUGUUCUCCCUCUACGGCGAUUGCUGUGAUAAAAUUAGAGCCCUGAAAAGCACUAACCCAGUUGCUCAGACUAUUUGAUUGGCUUCCUUUUUGCCAAUAGUCCAAUCCGAGGCUUUUGUUUACAAAUCUUUUGUGAAUUUCAACUUGCAAUUUGUUCGCGUCGGUUGCAAAUUGCUCAGAGCAAUCUGCCUAUCAAAAUUGCAAUUUUGUGGGACAAUGUUGUAAUGUUGCUCGCAAGAGAACAUCCGGUUUGACUGUAAAGGGUUAAUCAUGUUCAUUUCUUUUCAAAUAUAGCAAUCCAACAUCAACAAAUGAUUCAACAGCUCUUGGUCUACCAUGCACCAGUCUAUUUGGCGGUCCAGUCUCACCAAGCAUUGCAUUUGGCGGUUAUGAAGGCAACAAUUACACUGACGCCAAAGUACUAGUGGUAACGUUUGUCAUUAAUAACCAUAACGACGACUCUAAAAACGACAAAGCCAAAGCAUGGGAGAAGGAGUUCCUUAAUUACAUGAAAAAUUUUAAGGAUCCCGAUUUGGAUGUUGCGUUUCGGGCAGAACGAUCCAUCGAGGACGAGAUUGAGCGAGAGAGUCAUGCUGAUAUCUACACAAUUAUUGUCAGUUAUUUGAUUAUGUUUCUCUACAUCACAUUUGCUUUGGGGCAAAUUAAUCAAUGUGAUCGAUUUAUGGUAGGUACAUAUGUGGAGUAAUGUUUUAAAGACAUUAUUUGCCUGGCUUAUUUUGAAAGCCCUGCCAUUCUCAUCUGUCAGUUUAAUUAAGUUAAUCUCACUACAGAGGCUUAUAAUUAAUAACGUUCAAAAUUUGUCCAGAAAAAUGUCCGGCCAAAAUGAAAUUUGAUUGGAAACUUUCCAUCUUGGCAGGACAUUUUUUUAUUCCAUUUUUGAUUCCAUGCCUUUUUUGGUUAAAUUGAGCCAAUAUAUAAAUAAUUUUUUAAUGCAAACACUGGCCAGUACAGUUAAAUUUAUGUAGUGAAAUUUAAUUUUUUCAACCCCUUAUAUGUUAACUGAAUAAAUGCAUUGCAACAUAUUCCCUAAUGCGCCCUACUUUAUUAUUUUACUCUGUCUAGAUGAUUUCACUUUGUACUCUAAAGCAAGCAGGGCCUUAGCUAGGAUUUUAGAUCUUGGGCGUGUUUCCAAUGACCAGGGCGUGCACAUGUCAAUUACCUUGAAUAGCAAAAUCACGGUUCUAGUUAUGCUCGCCAACAACAAUGCCUGUGGUUGUUCUAUGCUUUGCAACCAAAUACAAGGCGAGCAUACGCUCAUAUUGCGCACUGACAUUAGAAUAUUAAGUUAUUUCAGCAACUCUUGGGGGUAUUUAAAACAUUUUAACUCCAUACAGUUCCCAUUAUCCAUCAAAAUAUUAAAACAUCACAAAUCACUUUUGCCAAUUCAACAACAACAGUAGAUUUUACAAACUUUCUUACGACGUAAAUUGGAAGAAAUUCUGUCGGUUGUAAGUAGCAUGCACCACCUUAUUUUAUGAACCUACACGGCCUUAUAUAAAUAAUGAAGCCGCGUUCAUUUUAUCUAGCCGUGUUUUUCCACUUUUGGCCGCGAUAACACGGCCAACACGGCCCUCUAGCUAAGACCCUGAAAGCAAGACAAUUUAGUCUUCAAGAUGAGUGUGAACCGUGUAUCUGCCCACAUAUCUAAUUACGCAUUGAGUUGCAUUGCACCUGAAUGACUGCCCUACUUUUUUUAUUUAAUUUAAACUCUGUCUAAUGCCAAAUGGUUGCACUAUUCAGGAGGAGAGCGCUAGAUGUACUCAAUGGGUUGUACUGUAUCUAAACUUGUUGCAAAUAUUACUUUCUAGAUUGACUCCAAAUUCAGCCUGGCAUUUGGUGGCAUCAUGAUCGUGCUUGGCUCUGUCCUCUGUUCCUUGGGUAUCUUCAGUUUUGCCAACAAACCGGCAACAUUAAUCAUCAUCGAAGUCGUACCAUUCCUUGUACUGGCUGUUGGUGUUGAUAACAUCUUUAUACUUGUGCAGAAGUACCAGCGAGAUCUGCAGCAACCGGGUGAAACUGUCUCGAAUCAGAUUGGACGAGUGCUUGGUGAAGUUGCUCCGAGUAUGUUGUUGACGUCUACCUCGGAAGCGGUGGCUUUUGCCUUCGGUAAGGGUAUUAUUGAUAAUAGAUCACCAAUAUGAUUUAAAGUUCUUGUGUAAAAACAUGAGCAGACAAAUCAGCUGAUCACCUAAAACUUAUCACGUAAUGGUUCACACGUUUCUAGCAUUCUCGUGCAUUUCCUCCGGAUUUGAGAGUGAGUUACUGUAGGUCUUAUGAAAUCAUACCAAGACAGUGGUUAAGUUAGAAUUUCAAAAAAAUCCUAUGUUAGAAAAUGAAAAAGUCGCAAAAACCGGUUUUACGGUUUAACCGGUUUUAAGUCGGACGGUUUACCGGUUUUUAUUUUAAUCAAAACAACCCAAGCCUAGAAGAAAGUGCUACCUUUUCAUUGACAUCCAUAAAUGGGUUAGAGAAACUCAAUAAACAACAUCUCGGUUUCUUUCUUCUGAGGAUGGGUAGAACCUCCGUUUGGUUUUAUAAUCUGGAAAUAAAGAAAUCUUUCUUCAGUAUUUUGUUAUUUUUCCAACACGAAACAGCCACACAUUUGGAAACUGAGACUACAAGAGAAUCUUAAGUAAUUGUAAUAUUAAGGUUGCCUUAAAACCCUAUUUGACCUUAGGCCAUAUUUUCGCAAAGCCAAAAGAUCCUGUUGAAAAAAAUCAGAAGACUCAUGCUAUAUAUUCUAUACCAUGCGGUGACUGCGAUAAAGAGUAUUUGGGUCAGUCUAAACGCCAGUUUGGUACACGGCUAAAAGAACAUCAAAAGGCUGUUUCAACUUUAGACAAGGGAAAAUCAGCUUUAGCCGAACAUGUAUGUUACACCAAACACAAGAUUGCGUGGGAAAACUCUAAAGUAAUUACCACAAACAAUCGCUAUGGUCAAAGACUUUGCCUAGAAGUGUGGCAUAUAAAUAUGAGUCAUCGUGCUUUGAAUAGGGAUGACGGCGCCUAUUUGCCAGAAGAAUAUAUGCAUCUUCUUGGCAGGUGACGUCAUCCCUUGGGUAUUUAAGAAGCCACGAUCGCAGUUUUAGAUCACCCCUGAUGAAGACACUAGACUGGAGUGUCGAAACGUUGGGUCUUGAUUACAAUUCAACUGGGCUUUGUAAUCAUUUAUUUAAACCAGAGUAGCGAGCGAAACAUGAAUGAGACUACCAGUUCUUUAGUGCAUAUUUGUUACUGACUUUCAAGGCCUGAGAAAAGUACCAACAGGCAACUCUAAUAGGAAGACAACACUACAGUAGAUUGAAAUGCCUUAAUUGUUUUAUUAGGUGCCCUGUCAUCCAUGCCAGCUGUCAAAGUGUUCUCACUCUACGCAUCUGUUGCUGUGUUUGUCAAUUUCCUUCUACAAGUUACGUGCUUUGUUGCAUUGAUGUCCUUAGAUGUCAGACGUCAACAGGUAAUUAGUGCUAUAAUCAUAUAGUCGCUGGAAUAUACUGUAAAUAUGAGGUAAAACCUAAUUUUAAUUUAGAAGUGCCAAUCACUGUUGUUUAAUUUGAGUAAAUUAAAAAUAAUUAAAAACUCAUUGACAAUGGACCAUUCCCCAAUUAACCCAAAUUUUGAACUCAACAAGUCUAGACAAAAAUUUUAUCACAGCUUGAAAGAGCAUCGCAAAAUUAGUAAUAUUCCAAAGUUUCGUUGCAAAAUGUUGUAAAAUGCGGAUAAUAUAGCCUUGCGAAGUUUGCAAUUUUCAGUCAUUUUAGAUUACAAACUGGAAAUGGUUACCACUUUUGUACGUACAGUAAUACAAAAUGACUGAAAAUUACAAACUUCGCAAGGCUAUAUUAUCCGCAUUUUAUAACAUUUUGCAAUGAAACUUUGGAAUAUUACUAAUUUUGUGAUGCUCUUUCAAGCUGUGAUGAAAUUUUUGUUUAGGCUAGUUAAGAUCAAAAUUUUGGAAAAGUGGUAACCAUUUCCCGUUUGUAAUCUAAAAUGACUGAAAAUUGCAAAUUUCGCAAGGCUAUAUUAUCCACAUUUUACAGCAUUUUGCAACGAAACUUUGGAAUAUUACUAAUUUUGCGAUGCUCUUUCAUGCUAUGAUGAAAUUUUGUCUAGACUUGUUGAGAUCAAAAUUUUGGUUAAUUGGGGAAUGGUCUAUUCAUGAGGAAAAGGCAAAUGAAAUCACCGCCGUGUAAAAAAUCAUGUUCAUUUACAUAAACUUUAGCUUUGAUUUUCUCCGUUUAAUUAACCAACACAUUUCUAAAAAUUACUUUGCCAAUGAAUUCAUCAGAUGGGUAAUUUUUAAGCCAUUUAACCCAUUAAGCCGCAAAGCUUCCCCAUUGAUGAGUAAAAUUGUCUGGUGUAAGACAAUUAGUAAAAAAAAUAAGUAGGGCGCUCUGGGGUGCAUUGCGGCUAAAUGGGUCAACUACUGUUGAAACUUUGUCAGAUUUUUUGGUUAACCCAUUAAGCCCCAGAGCUUUUCCAUUGACGAGUAAAAUUGUCUGCCAUUGGACAAGUAAAAAAAAAAAUAAGUAGGGCACACUGGGGCGCAUUGCGGCUAAAUGGGUUAAAAUACUUGCAGUCCACGCUUUGUGAGAUAUAAAACACUCAAGCUGCACUCAGACUAAGCACUCUCGUGUUUUUUAUCUGAUAAACACACCUGCUCAUGUUUUAAAUAGUACUUACAUGGCAAAUUGUGGUCUGUGUGUCUUACUUUAUUAUUUUACUAUGUCUAGUGCCAGGCAAUUUUUACACGUGCUGCCUGCCACUCAAUGGGUUAAUGUUGUAUUAUACUUUACUUUCCAGGGAGAACGUUUUGAUGUCAUUUGUUGUUAUAAGAAUUCCAAAGUGCCCAAAAGGAAAAACACACCUAGUCUUCUUUAUCAAUUCUUUGAUAAAAUCCUAUCACCAGCACUAUUGUCAGAGUUUGUACGUCCUGCAGUGGUGAUUUUGUUCACCACAUUACUGGCUCUCAGUAUCAUGUUCAUACCUAGUAUCGAAAUUGGUCUGGAUCAGUCUCUUUCCAUGCCUAAGGUAAGAAAUAAUGCAUUUAUUCUGAAUAGGAGGUUGUGUUGAUGAGUAGGCGGCUGUCAGGGAUGAGUCUUAAAUUCAUCCAAAUUAACUACUGUAGUGUAUGUUGAUUAAUAGAUAGUAACACAACUGAGCUCUGUGACCAAAUUAUAAUGUAUCACUCCAUUCUUCAACAAAAUUACCUCUAAGAUUUAAGAUAGCAAAUACUAAAUCAGUUUUACGAAAUAGCAUGUCGUUUUCUAAGAUUUAAGAUAGCAAAUACUAAAUCAGUUUUACGAAAUAGCAUGUCGUUUUCAAAACAAAUAACCAGGUUAUAAAGUAGACCAGGCUCAUGAAAAAAAAUAACUUCGUUUGAAAGCUUAGAUUGGAGGAAUGAGAGCAGAAUUGAUAUUUCAAGUACUAAGCUUAUAUAGGUAAUCAUGAGAUGGCGAGUACAAUUGGGGAUUAAUAGUACGAGUUUGGAAAUUUUGCCAAAAUUGGACGAGCAGCCGGGGCGGGGCCAAACAUCACGAGUACUAUUAAUCCCUAAUUGUAAGAGCAACAUCACAUGAUUACUUGUUUAUUAUUAUCAUGACAAAAUUGGAUACUUCUCCGUCAACAUCAUAUUCUCUCGCCAAAGCCCAGUCCUGCCAGACUUUCAAUCAAAAUUUGGUACUUUUGUUCGUAUUUUCAUUUAGUUCUUUUGUUAAUUAAAUUAAAGCAAAAUUUGGAGCUUUUGUUCGUAUUUUCAUCUAGUUCCUGAAGGGCAAUUUCAUUUCACAUUCGUGUUCAAAAUACCUUUCCGCCAUUUUGUUUGUUUUGGGAAAAUCAUUAAUUGUACUGCAGUACAAUUACAGUGCGUCUACUGUAAGUUUGGCCACUUAGAGAACACUAACCAAUCGCAUUGCAGAACAGAAAGAAAAAUCUAAUCAAACUAAAGCUCGUCCAAUCAAAAGAAAGAUUCAGGAAGCCAUUAACUGCAGUGUUUACUUGUACAAGUCUAUUUUUACCGUUUGACAUUCGUUUAUUUGUUCGAAUUGUUUUUGCCCUAAUGCUGAUUGGCUAAUGCGCCGUUUGUUGAUUUUUCACUUUCUGUUCUGCAAUGUGAUUGGUUAGUGUUCUCUAAGUGGCCCCACUUACAGUAAACGCACUGUAACGAAAUAAUUGUACUCCUCUCAACCAAUCAGCAUCCAGUAAUUUUGUCAUAAAGUAAUUGGCUGUUGAACCUUGUGGAACCUGCAGCUUGCUUGAGUUCCGAUCGUCGCUGGCUUAUUUUGAAAAGCCAACCACCAACCCUGACAUGAUGAGCUCGGCAUUUGCCGAUUACUGACCUGAAUUCCGGUACUCAAACUCCUGACCUCAGCUAAGGGAAACUAACCAGCAAUAUUUCAAUUUCUCCAGGAUUCUUACAUGAUUACAUACUUCAAAAUGCAGCAGGAAACGCUCAAAGUUGGAGCUCCAGUCUACUUUGUUGUCGAUAAUCCAAAAUAUCCCUACCAACUGCGUCAAUGGCAGAACAAAGUAUGUGGGGGAUCUGGCUGUGAUAAUGAUUCUCUUAUACAGAUUGCAUAUGAGGCAUUUCGCAGAUCUGAGCAGUAAGUAUUUAAUUAAACUACAUUGAUGGUACACUAAAAAUCCGCAUAAAAGAAAUACCACCAGCCCUCUCUCCUAUGCAGAGCUUUCCUGACUUUUUAACAAGCCAAAGCUUCGAUAUUGUAAGACAUACGUAAACAAGGUGAUUCGCCGAAGCGAGAGAUAGAGGCGCUAGUCUAGCACCUUUAUCCCUUGUUUAUGUCUUGUAAUAUCGAAGCUUCGCCUUGUUAAAAGCCAGAAAAGCUCUGCGGGGGAGAGAGCUACCAGCCUGAGAUUCAAGUAAGCACCCAAAAUUCCAAGAACCACUUCAGACAGACAAAUAAUACUGGUUCUACAAAAUCCCUUUAGAAUGCAUGUUUUAGGGGUGGCAGGUAUACAGGCAGGUAUGUGCUUGAAUUAAAAUAGCAAUUAGUACUGGCUUUUGCAUGAUAUGAAGAGUUAUGAAGCCCUAAAAGUUUGUGCUAUCACCCUUGCUCAGUAAUUGUUAAUUAUUUGCACCCUGGCCAUUGUGCUAACAUUGUAACCAAGGCCGGAUUUUGGUGGAAAUAGUUGGGGAGGUGGAAAAUUUAGGGCAGGUGCAGCGGUCUAGCUCACGACCCCCAUGGAAAGUUAGGGCUUAGAACGGGCCAACAUCAACAACGUGACAUGUGCAUGUAGUGUACAUAUGUAUCAGUGUAUUAAUGAAUUAUGACUGCAUGUGCAACUCAUCCAAUUUAGCCCUUCAUUACAAUUACUGCAAAGUUUCUGUAAAAAAACAUUGCAUUAAAAGGGCACUUGACACAGAGAUGAAUAUGGUUAUCACUGUUUCAAUUUUACAGAAAAAAAACUGUAGACCCUAAGGAACCAAAAAAUGUCAAAUUUUCAAAUUUUUUUUAAAAUUUUGAUCUAUCAUUGAAACUUUCCCAAGGGGAAAUGCAUGACUUUUCAGGUGAGGUGAAAAAAUUCUCAGGGGAGGUGCAAGACGAUCUCAGGGGAGGUGUACCUCCCCUCAAAAUCUGACCAUGGUUUGGACAGAAUUUCAAAGUUAUAACUUAAGUACAUGUAACUGUACAGUAUGUCUUCACACAGAGAACAGUGGUGUAUUCAUGGUGCACAUUUAUUUGAUAUAGAACAAAAAUUGGUAUGUCUUUAUCGUCCUGGUUGGAUGACUACUUCAGCUGGGCAGAUCCUUCAGGCAAAUAUCCAUGUUGUCGCUUGUUGGAUUACAGUAACAAAACUGGCCAUAAAGUAAUUCCUAAACCUGGCACAUUUUGUAAUGCAUCAAGUGAGUAGAUACGUCCAUAUGCCAACUUUAGCUUCCGCAAUGCAUAAUAUUGUUGUUCUUUACAUCUUAAAAGCCGUCUAAUUACGCAUAUGACGUGACUUGUAUAUUUCUCUCUACAGUGACAGAAAGUUAUUAUCAUUGCCAUUCCUGCUUGUUAAAUAAUCAAAUUGGUCAACGUCCGAACACAACACAGUUCAGGAAAUAUCUACCGUAUUUCCUAAAAGACAAUCCAGAAAUUAACUGUACAAAGGGGUAA